AUGGUUUGUGGUGUUACCGCACAAGGAUUCUUGGUCCUGGCGGACACACGUUGCGAAUUGCAAAGGGAUAUUUGUUCACGCCUGAAAUCCAUCAGCGCCGAUUACAUAAUCGUUUCCCGAAUUCUCACGGGCCUUCUCAGACCAUCGAUUUCAUUAUUCCCAAGAAAGAAAGAAAAGUCUCCAUGUCAUCUCGAUGUUACCAUUGACAUUCGUACGGCAGUUUCCAUUGUUACCAUUCUCACACAACCUUGGCCAAUCUAUUCGUCCUUUCUCACCACAUUAUCAACACAUUUGAUUGGUCAAUCUAGGAGAUCGAGGGAAGUUGGAAGUUGGCAACAUGAAUUCCAUCCCGAGGCGAUACCGGAUGAAUUGGGAGGCAUUCAAAAUGAGUGGGUCGGACCUAAUGCAAUCACGGAUGUUUCUGAUGACUCUUGGGUUAGUUAA